AUGCCUUCCCUCGAGGUACCUUCACCUGAGUUGGACGACUAUGGACCGCCAGUGGCAAAAGUUGCCAAAUACAGUUUCCCACAUGAGGAGAGAACAUCGGCGGAAACGUCCUUUACUGCAUACGAGACUCUUAUCCCACCCACUGAGGAGCCUUCCCGACAACAACCGCCGCAAACCGUCGCUCCGCCUGAUCUCGAACUCAUCCCCAGUCACAGCAAUCACGCAGAACUCGACUUAUCAGCUGCCACCAAGAUCGAACAAAUAGAGAACUUCGCUGUGGACAAAAUGUUCCCGAACGGACAUCAUCAACACAAUCUCUACAACUCAUUUUCGCACUAUGCGUUUCCCCAUCAGUGGAACCCCCAGUUUCCUACUUCCCAGGACAAUGUCUUCACUUCUCAGUCUUACUCCUUCCCAGCUGCUUAUCCACAGGAUAUCGGAGCACUGUCAGCUCAAGGACGAUCUGGAGACAAGGAGGAAUGCCCCGCGUGCGGAAAUUCAUUUGUCCGCGAGACUGGCAAGCCUGAUCCGAAGACUGGAAAUAUGCUGUGCCCAGCAUGUUCGCCACGCACCUGGGAAGCAAGCUCAGUCGGUUCAACGGGCCACCCAUCGCUGCUGACUAACUCGCGGAACAAGCGCGAGAAGCAAAACAAGAAGUGCCCGAAUUGCCAAACGACGACAACGAGCCUUUGGAGAAAGUUCAAGACUGCCGAGGAGGUCAAAAAGACCAUCCAAAAGAAGAAGCCUUCCGUUUCCAUCGACAGAAGCCGACCAGAGAUCGAGGGACAGCUCGGAUGCAACGCUUGCACACUUUACUGGUCGCUCCACGGGCGCCACCGACCGCUAGAACUCGCCCGACCAGAUGCUCCCCUUACUCAGCGAAAACGAAAGCGCACAAAGAAGCCAGAAGACGCCCCAAAAUACCCACUCAACUCCUUCGGCAAUCACUGGGGCAGCAAUUACUUCUGGCCGAAUGCUGGAGGAAUGAAUUACCCAGCGAUUCCUCACGGUAGUCUUUUUGGACCACAAGCGGCAGCCAUCAACCAGAUGUACUCGACUCCGAUCCCUAAUGAUUAUAUGAAGCACGGAACUCUGGACAGCUUCAACUCAAUCUCCGGUUCUUCCCCUGGAUCAUCCGGCUCAUCUCCACUUGGCGGCGGAGCUAUGGCCGCCGCGCUUCCACCAGCUGCCAUUCCAGACCAAACGACCGGCAUUCCCGAUGUGAAACCGCCACUUUGUAUAUAA